GGGAAUCCCAACAGAAGACAGAAGUGGAAUAUCGAUAAAGUUACGCAGUUUUGAACGAGUUCACUGGUGAAAUGGAUUUCCUGAAAACCUGCGUGUGUCUGAAAGGCAUCCUGUCCCUCUGGAUGCUGACAACAGCAGGAAACGAUAUAUUGCCCAGAGUAGAGGAUUUGAAGUGGGUUUCCAUCAACUUUAAAACCAUCCUCACAUGGGUUCCCAGUACAGGAAACUACACAUACACUGUGAUGUUCUCUGAGGUGGACGAUGACUGGAAUGAGGCACAGUACUGUAUUCGUAUAACAGAGACAGAAUGUGAUCUAACCAACUAUCUCUCACUCAAGGACAGGACCUAUUCUGCUUACGUCCAGACAGAACCUGAUGGAAAAGACUAUGACCUGGAGGAUCUCACUCUGACAUACGCAUCAGACUUCAACCCUUACAGAGAAAGUAAGAUCAGCGCCGUGUCAUUCAAAGUGGGGACUGUGCGGGAUAGCAGCACAGUGGCUCUCAACAUCAGCGACCCUCUCACCCCUCUCUACCAGCAGCAAAAACUGCUCACCAUCAAAGACAUUCUCAAGAACGACCUGAAGUACAUGAUCAGCUACCAAAAAGCUGGAAGUACUGGGAAGAAAGACGUCAUACAUAACUCAAGCCUUGCCGAAUUUCCCCAACUGGAUCCAGAACAGAGCUUCUGUUUCAGUGUGGUAGCUUUCAUCCCAUCCAGACCUAAACCCUCUCAGUUGGGAGCCUGGAGCCAGCAGCAGUGCUCAACUGGACAUACCAAGACCUUCCUGCAACAGCUGAGCAGUGAAGCGCUGGUCGGGGGGCUGUUCGUGCUCGUGCUGGUCAUCGUUAUCGUCUCCGUGACGGUCCUCUGCUGCAGACGCUACCGACGCACAAGGGCCAAGACGCCCCAGGCACCUGCAAGAGCCUAGGCUGUGUGUGUGUGUGUCUGCACAGUUCUUAAACUGAAUAACAGUGCACAAGUUGGGUAAGGACUGAGCUGAAACAAGCCUGUAUGUAACCAUGUGUGUGUGUGUGUGUGAAGUGUUUUUUGUAUGUGUAACUCCUCGUGCUGCCAUCUUUUCCAGGACUCCCUGGAAGAAGAGAUCGUGUCUCUCAAUGGGACCUUCCUGGCUAAAUAAAGGAUAAAUAUAUGAAUCAAAAAUAAAAGCAGAGCUUUACUGUCAUCUUGGCCAUAUACAGCACAGCGCAAGGCAGAGACCUUGGACCACAUGGGGCAACAGACGUUCAGUCAGACAGUCUGAAUGUGUUAAACUAGAGGAUAAAUAAAAACACUUUGCUAAAAUAAAAGAUGCUCCAAGACAGUGCAUUGAAUAUAAAUCAGGUGUAAUACUAUCAGAGUGUGUGUGUGUGUGUGUGUGAGAGAGAGAGAGUGUAGCAGGCCUCUCAGUGUCCAACACUGUAUUUUGUUAAUUGUAAUGUUGCUAUGCUCUGCUGUUAUAUUGCAAUAUAUUAGAAUGGUCAAUUUACUAUUUUCUAAAUGUUUUUUGUUGUAUUCUGAAGUUUUAAUAGGAAGUUAAGCGGUACAGCCGGGUGAAAGUCACAUGUUCUUCACGAUAUCCAUAAUUAAACGAAGUCCAUCCCUUUUUUUCCCCUUCUUUCUAGCAGGAAUGUCGUUUUCACCAAGUGGCAUAUAUAAUAUACAUCUUUCAUUUUCAUUUCUGCUUCUCAGAAUUAGAAAAUAAGGUUUCACAACGACUUAAUUUUUCAAAGUUUUCCUUAAGAAUCUUAAAUCAAUCAUAACAGCUUCUAAAGAGGUAACAACAACAAACCAGAAAAGUAAGAGACUCUUAAUAAAGAGAGG